AUUUUUCUCUUGUAAAUUCGCAAGGUAAGAAUAUUUUCUUUUUGCCGAAUGUGCACAAAGUUUACGAAGUUCGUUAAACGAAAUCGCUUCGUUGAAGAAACUUGCAUCAUACCUCAGUAUAUUUUCAACGCUCCUUAUCUAAUCAAGUCCACUCGAUUAUUGAAUUUGAUCGUCCGUAUUCAACAGUACAACUUUUACUCUGCACUCACGCAGACGUCUGUUUCUGGUGAUUUCACGAACCACAAGUUCUCGUGUUUGUUCGUGCUUUAUUCAAUAUGGAGGAGCAGGUUUUAAAUCCAUUGGAAAAUGACAGUAUGAUACCGGAUGAUGUACAAGAAAAAUUGGCGAAGGUGUUUGAAAGAUAUCAACAGUUAAGCGAUGAAGAAAAGGAAGAGUUUCAAAAGGGUGCAUUCGAUGUACUGACAAAGACUCUGCAAAAGUUACCCAAGAACACGAUUUUGCCCACGUGGCUCGCACCAUACCAGUCUUAUAUUCUGUUCUUUUUUGCAGUAUCAAUUGUAGCAAUUCUACUCGCUGUUAUAGCGCGCAGAUUGUAUCGACGUACGAAAGAACGAGAAGAUCGUAAAGAAGAAAAGAGAAAGCUCAGACAAGCAGAAAAGCUCAAGAAAGCAGAGAAGAGGCAGAAGACGAAACAGAAGAAGACGUAAUUUGUGAUCAUUUAUAUUUAAUAAUAUCUUAAUGGAAAAAUAUUCAUUAACGAAUAGAUGAAUGGAUUCUUAUAAUAAAUUUGAAACAUGUUUUAUAAUUUGUUACAAUCUUUAGAAUUACCAUAUGUUUUACUUUUCCAUUGGUACAUACACAACUUUUCCAUUGAUAAAUUAAGGGAAAUAAAUUUAAGGAAAUAGAAACAUAAUAAGAAUUGGCAUCAAGAAGUAUUUAUUGUGUGCCAUUCAUAAACUUAAACAUUUAUAUGAGGUAUACAACAAAAUUAACAUAAACCGGCAUAUACAUUGUCGCUUUCGCAAAAAGUCAACAUAUUUUCCAUUAAAUUAUAACAGAAAAAAAUAAACUGUAUUACCAAAUAACAUAUG